UAUCAACAUUCGGCCAUAACUUUCAUUAUCAAUCGAGGCCGGUAAUUUCCAUACUUACUUUACGUUAAAUUAAGUUAAAUUAAUAUAUUUACUCGUGCGCGCUCUCGGAACGCUUAAGGAUCGUCCACGGUUUGUGUCUAAAGUUUGCGAAGUAUCAAAAUGGCCAGAGGUUCGCGCGGCGGCAGAGGUGGAAUGAUCCGUGGACGGGGAGGAUUCAUGCCCAAGCCGAAAGGGCCCAUGGUUCCAAAAUUACCCUUCAAUCGGUUACCGUUCGAUCUUUUGCUUUGCGACAGAGCGUUUCCAAGAGUCACUCCACUACCUGAUGAAGAGCCUUUCACCCAAGCACUCACAAAACGAGCCAACGAUCUCACACCACCAGCGGAAGAACUGGCAGCCGUCACCACUCUGGUGAGUAAGGUACAAGAGGUCCUGGAAAAGAUUAAAACAACUCCCCCUGCAGCUCUGGAGACGGUCUGUCAGAUUGAAGACCUGAAGCAGGUCGGUUCACUCAAAAAAGGCACGAUACUGAAGGGGCAUCGCACGGGUGAUAUAGUCGUCGUCCUCAAAACUCUUCCUUUGAGCACAUGCAUCGAGCUUCUCGGCAACAAUGUUGUAGAAAUGCUCCGUACGCAAGAACCGCAACUUCUAGUUUCUCUUACUGUCACUCCCAAUAAAGGGUUCGAAAUACACACUCGAGAUGCAGUUGUUCGAGUUUUAAUUGCCACUGUAUCCCGAAAUUUACUGAAGCUUGAUCCAAAGUUACACCUCGAACGGAAAGUCCUGUUAUGUCACAUGGCAGCUAUCGGUCAUUGUCGAUGGUUUGAAGAGAAUGGGCAGCAUGCUACAGUAAAGAUGUUGAUAAGGCUGUUGAGAGACUUGAAAAACAAGUUCCAAGGCCUGGAGCCAUUGCAUCCUUGGGUUCUUGACUUGCUUGCCCACUAUGCAAUAAUGAACAAUCCGAAUCGUCAAGCUUUACCCAUAAAUGUUGCGUUCAGGCGUGCUUUGCAAUUGCUGUCUGCUGGCUUACUUCUUCAGGGGUCUCCGGGUAUUGUUGAUCCCUGCGAGACAAACGGUUUCAAAGCUAUCAAUGUCAUGAAUAGCUUGACGUUCGAGCAUCAAGAUUCCAUUUGUCUCACUGCGCAGACCUUAGUUCGAUUGUUUGACCAUGCUGGGUUCGAAAAUAUUUUAGAUGCUAAGUAUGACCUCACUGCAGAAACAACAGUCUGGAACAAUAUUGUUGUGAACCCCUUGGAGAAGGCAUACGAGAAACCUGCUCCCAAAGAAGAGAAAAUGGAAGCCGAGCCAUCAGCAGGCCAGGAAGCAAUGGAAACAGCAUAAAUGUUUGUGUAGUUUGUCUAUGUCUGAGGCAAUAAAAGUAUGUGUUUGCAUUUAAAGCCAUAUAAUAUUGUGUAAGUCUACCUGUUUCUGUCAUGGUUUGACGAAUAUUGGCUUCAAUGUAGUCCAUUGAGAAAUUUGCCUCGUUCUUCUCUUUUGUAUUCUUUUUAAAUCUGUUUUUUUUAUGGAAGCAUCUUUUUCUAUUCUGGUUAACUUUUCUAAGUCCAAAUCUUAUGCAUUUAUAAGCACAAUAUGUCGUGACAAUGAACUUGAUACCAACAUGAGUUGUAAAUCUGGACUCAAUUAUUUUUCCGGAUAUGAAACUAUUUUUACUACAUAGUUUUCCUCUUUUCACCCACCAAAUACCAUCUGUUUCAAUACCUCAAAUUAUUCUUAUGCUAGAAAAUCUUUACGUUUGAAAUUUCAGUCUGACAGUCAGAUUGAUACACUUACUUAAGCACUCCUAUUUCGUCUGCAUUUAAAUUUUGACCCAAGAAGAAAAAAAUGGUUUUAUAAGUAAAUUUUAUUAAUUUUUUGAAAUUUCUUGACACGGGCGAAGAGUAUGUCCCAAUCAAAGUAUAUUAGAUAUUGACCGUUGUUAGAAAGUUGAUAUUCUGAAUAAAACUCAUUCUCAAAA